GUUUGCUCACGGAGUCCGUGUGGUCCUCGGCGUCCCACUCCCCGCUGCAGCCCCAGCUCAGCCUCCUCCCCUUCGGACCCGCCCUGCCCGCUCCCUCACGACCUGCCCCGGCCACAGUGUCCCCGGCCCCGCAGCCGUCCCGGGGGAGGCCUCGCGCCCAUGGCGCUGCAGGCGCUGCAGAGCUCGGGGGUGGCCUUCCGCAAGAUCCUGUCUCACUUCCCCGAGGAGCUGAGCCUGGCGUUUGCCUACGGCUCCGGGGUGUUCCGCCAGGCGGGACCCAAUUCAGAUCAGAAGAACGCCAUGCUGGACUUUGUGUUUACGGUAGACGACCCUGUGGCGUGGCAUGCGAAGAACAUGAAGAAGAACUGGAGCCACUACUCGUUCCUUAAAGUCCUGGGGCCCCGGGUCAUCUCCUCCAUCCAGAAUAACUACGGAGCUGGGGUUUACUACAACCCCCUGAUCACGUGCGACGGUCGGCUUAUCAAAUACGGGGUAAUUAGCACAAGUGUUCUGAUCGAAGAUCUCCUCAACUGGAACAACUUAUACAUUGCUGGAAGGCUCCAGAAACCGGUGAAAAUUGUGGCCAUGAGCGAGAACACCAGCAUCCGAUCGGCCCUGGACAAGAACCUGAGGAGCGCGCUCACGGCUGCCUUCCUCAUGCUGCCUGAGAGCUUCUCCGAGGAAGACCUCUUCAUCGAGAUCGCGGGGCUCUCCUAUUCAGGUGACUUUCGGAUGGUGGUUGGAGAGGAAAAGGCAAAAGUGUUGAAUAUUGUGAAGCCCAACCUAGCCCACUUCCAGGAGCUGUAUGGCAGCAUUCUGCAGGAGAGUCCCCAAGUGGUGUAUAAAAGCCAGCAGGGCAGACUGGAGAUAGAUAAAAGCCCGGAAGGACAGUUCACUCAGCUCCUGACCUUGCCCAAGACCUUACAGCAACAGAUCAACCACAUCAUGGACCCUCCUGGGAAAAACAGGGACGUAGAGGAGACAUUACUGCAAGUUGCCCAUGACCCCGACUGUGGUGAUGUGGUACGGCUGGGCCUCUCAGCGAUCGUGAGACCCUCCAGCAUCAGACAGAGCGCCAAGGGCAUCUUCACUGCGGGCGUGAAGAAAUCAGUGGUUUACAGUUCACUCAAACUGCACAAGAUGUGGAAAGGCUGGCUGAGGAGAACGUCGUGACUCUGCCCGCCCUGACAAGCGUCUUGCACAGAUGAAUAAAGCGCUCGGUCCGUUUUCAUAGAAUCACAUUGGUUCCUUUGUCGGAGUGAUCAAAUUUGAAGACACUCUGGUUUGUGUAACAUUUGAGUUCUUGAAAGUGUCCACGUCAGACAUUUACCCAGGUGGGGCAUGAUACACUAGCAGGGGCA